AUGAACGCCAUCACCACCAUCAACUGCCACCACCGCUUCCACCACACUGCUCAAGUGAAACUCCGCCAGACUGCCUCCUUAAUUUUCUCUCCGAUCUCUGAUAUGUUUGAUUCGGAACAAACAAGUAUUCAAUCUGAUGGGGUGCAAUGUCUUCAAGUAGUUGAAAAGGAUAUGUUUGAUUCGGAACAAACAAGUAUUCAAUCUGAUGGGGUGCAAUGUCUUCAAGUAGUUGAAAAGGAUAUGUUUGAUUCGGAACAAACAAGUAUUCAAUCUGAUAGGGUGCAAUGUCUUCAAGUAGUUGAAAAGGAUAUGUGUGAAUCGGAACCAGCAAGUUUUCAUUCUGAUGGGGUUCAAUGUGUACAAGUUGAAAAAACUUGGACACCAAAAACUGAGUUGAAACCAUUUGUAGGGCAAUUAUUUCCGUUGUAUGAUGACGCACUGUCGUUUUAUAGAGAAUAUGCACGUAAAAGUGGGUUCGAGAUACGAAAAGGUACAACAGAGCAAUCGAAAACAGGAGAUGGGUACUCGCGUAGACAUUUUGAGGAGAAACACACUCAUGAGUUGGUUAAUCCAGAAGAUUUCCAUUUUUUGAAAAGUAACAGGAGGCUUACAUAUCAUCAAAAACAACUGAUUCAUGAUGUAUCAGAUAUAAACAUUGGUCCGGUUAGAGCAUUCAAGAUAUUGAAGCAAACGCAAGGAGGAUUUCUCAACGUCGGGGCAACAUAA